AGACGGGUGACGGGCUGGCGAGCGGUGCUCUGCCGCUCCGCGCCCUGCAGCGGUGUGGCUGUCUCUGAUUUCGUGCGUCUCGCUCACGUAAACUGCACUUACACAGAGUUGACGUUCGGAUUACUCUCGCUGGGUAUUGCAAACGCCUUGAGCAGUGAGGAUAACACAUCUGAGGAAGAAAGUGAAGAAGACGAGAGCAAAAUGGGAAGCGAAAACGUAACCAGCCCAAGCCGACAUCAGGUCGACAUCAGGUCCCGCUGGAAACCACCUCAUUUCAACUUCACGCAUGACUUCUCUUCCGUUUUAAAUUCCAUACGGCAAGGAAAGGGCGCCCCAUCCACGUCACCGCGUACGUCAGGGCUGAUAGUGCCAGUGGUGUCGGCGGGGUUGGUGCUGCUGGUGAAAGUGCUGGUGGUGCUGGUGGUGUUCCGCUGCAUGCGACGACGGAGAUCAGUGGUACCUGUCUCUGAGACCAGCCAUCCCCGCGACCCUGAUCUGGCCACGCCCACAAGAGCUUCAGUCCACGGCAUUGAGAACAUCCUGUACGAGCCAGUCGAGCCUUUCAGCGGCCUUCAGACACCCGCCGCCGGGGGACACCAGCAGGGGCAACAGUACAUCAUUGAGAACACCCUGUACGACCCUUUCAGCGGCCUUCAGACACCCGCCGCCGGGGGACACCAGCAGGGGCAAGAGUACGUCAUUGAGAACACCCUGAACGAGCCUUUCAGCGGCCCCCAGACACCCGCCGCCGGGGGACACCAGGGGCAAGAGUACGUCAUUGAGAACACCCUGCUUGAGCCUUUCAGCGGCCCUCAGACACCCACCGCCGGACGUUAGGGGCAAGAGUAGGCCUCCGUCAUUGAGAACACCCUGUAUGAGCCUUUCAGCGACCCCCAGACACCCGCCGCCGGACAUUAGGAGCAAGAGUAGGCCUACGUCAUUGAGAACACCCUGUAUGAGCCUUUCAGCGGCCCUCAGACACCCGCCGCCACAUAGAAACACGACAGCAACAUAGAAACACGACAGCCACAUAGGAACACGACAGCCACAUAGAAACACGACAGCCACAUAGAAACACGACAGCCACAUAGGAACACGACAGCCACAUAGGCACACGACAGCCACAUAGAAACACGACAGCCACAUAGGAACACGCAGCCACAUAGAAACACGACAGCCAUAUAGGAACACGCAGCCACAUAGAAACACGCAGCCACACAGGCACAUGACAGCCACAUAGGAACACGACAGCAACAUCGAAACACAACGGCCAUAUAGGAACAAGACAGCCACAUAGGAACACGACAGCCACAUAGGAACACGCAGCCACAUAGAAACACAACAGCCACAUAGGAACACGACAGCCACAUAGAAACACGACAGCCACAUGGGAACACGCAGCCACAUAGAAACACGACAGCCACAUAGGAACACGCAGCCACAUAGAAACACGCAGCCACAUAGGAACACGACAGCCAAAUAGGAACACAACAGCCACAGAGGAACACAACAGCCACAUAGAAACACGACAGCCACAUAGAAACACGACAGCCACAUAGAAACACGCAGCCACAUAGGAACACGACAGCCACAUAGGAACACGCAGCCACAUAGAAA